AUGUUGCGCCCUGCUGAGAAGUUCGUCCAAAUUCCCAGCCGCCGCUUGCGAGCCAAAAAUCACCUCUCCACCAUGUCCUUCUUUCCCAUGGGACCAAAAAAUCCGUCUAAACGAGAUCCUACCGAGUCAACCAAACACCAAGUCGCCGAUCAACUUGAACGACUUAUGGAUGAAAACGGCCACAAAACUUGGGGGUUUGUUUUGUACCGCUGCACCUACAAGAGCGACUCUGAUUGGGAGAAGUUUAUGCAUCAAUAUCUCAAACCUGUCAAGACCAGCUUGGAAAGGAACAACGGUCUCAAUAUACUCGAUCGCUUUAGGCCGACUGUCUUUGAGGACCGGCGCUUUGACGGUGCGACCUCGUUCGCUAUCCGGGAUCACUUUAACCAGUGGGUGGCUAUUGCGCCCCAACAAGAACAAGGCAUCCCGGCAGAGGUGGCGCUAGCGACGCCUCCCGGCCGGUACAAGUUCUGUCUCAUGGUCGACGAGGAAUCAUUGCAAUCAGUUAUUAAUCGUCCGGCCGAUAUGGACGAGUACGCAGACGAGCGUGACCACUCCGCCUAUGUUAUUCUAGUGAGUGGGAGUUGGAACCCGGAAAUGGAGGAGAUUGAUGACGAGGAGCUGGAGGAAUACGGUGGUGUUUAUGAACCGGAGGUUUUCGACGCAGUUGAUGGUUGUACCGAGUGGGACGUGGGGUGCAUGAGAGCCCAUUCUUUAGAUACAUUCCUCGGCCGCUUCCCGCCAGCACAGCAAGCUCUUGCGCCGCCGGACUUUCCAGCCGCGAACCCGGGCAUCCUCCUCUCGAAACCAAAUACGGCAGACACCAGUACAGCAGACCAGAGUCAUACAGACUUAUUCAAAGAUGUUCUACACGAUACAAACAGUCCUGCUCUCGCCCUUCAAGCACUAAUAACGCGAGAAACCCAGGCAGCAUACUACGAGCACCUGAUGCGGGAGGAUCCCACAGCCUCGGCAUUGACCGUGUUUUCGUCCACUACUUUGAUUCCAGUCCGGUGGGACGGGUUUGUUGCCGGUGUAUCGAUCAUCGUUGUUCAUUUUAUUAUACUUGCGGUUAUUACGGUAUUGUUUGUGAUUUACACCACCAAUUCGAUGAUUGGGAAUAGCUGGCAGGCUGUCGCGCAGGUUGUCUCGGAGGAUAUGCUUACGGUCUUGGACCAUGCGUGUAAGGAGGACGAUGAGAAGGUAAAGAAACGUUGGGGAAAGGACCAGCUAGCGAACCACAGUGCCCUUCGAUAUUUGCCGAAUGGACGCGUGGCUAUUGGAGUCAGUGAAAGAGAGACUUCAUAA